CCCGUAAGCGGCCCAAUUUGUACAUGUGGUCUAAAGUUGUAAACAAAUAGCUGUCAAAAGUGUAAGUUAGAUAUGCUUCGUUUAGGGACCUUGGUUUCUGCUAAACAUUUGGCAGAAUGUUUGAAGACUCAAGCAAACAAACUAAGGGUAGUGGAUGCAACAUGGUUUCUUCCUAAUUACGGAAGAACUGGAAUUCAAAAUUACAUGGAAUGUCACAUUCCAGGGGCUGUGUUUUUCGACAUCGAGGCAUGCACCAGGCCUUCUCCCUAUGAACACAUGCUACCGUCGGAGGAAGUGUUCUCAGAGUACGUAGGCAACUUAGGAAUAGACAACGAGACGCAUGUUGUGGUCUACAAUGACCAUCCGGACUUCGCGCUGUUUUCUGCUCCGAGAGUAUGGUGGACAUUUCGUGCAUUCGGACAUAGCACAGUGUCUGUGUUGGAUGGUGGUUUGAGAAUGUGGAGAGACGCAAAUUUAGAUCUUGCUAAAGGCCACGAAACAGUUCCAGUUCCCAAGCUUAAUUUCAAUGCCAAGUUUAAUGAAUCAUUUGUUAAGUCGUUUGAGGAUGUGAUGAAGAACAUAAACGAGAAACAAUUCCAAGUGGUGGAUGCCAGACCAGCUGGACGAUUCGAUGGAACAAGCCCGGAACCUAGAGCAGACUGCAAGCCCGGACACAUCCCGGGAACUACAAGUAUCCCGUUUCCAAGUGUGAUGACGUCAUACACGGGGCCGGACGGACAGGAGGUGAAGCACGGGGCCGUCAAGGACAGACGGACACUCGAGAAAAUGUUCGACGGAGCGGGCGUUGAUCUUAGCAGAUCCCUCACGGCGUCCUGUGGUUCUGGGGUGUCGGCGUGUGUCCUCGCGUUUGCGGCACACUUGUGUGGGAAAGAAGACGUAAGCGUGUAUGACGGUGCGUGGGUGGAGUGGUACAAACGUUCACGCCCGGACCAGAGGGAAAACUGCCCGGACUGAGUGCAAGUGUACACUUGGAAAAAUGACAAUACGCUGUCCUAUUGUCUUAGAGACUGUGCAGCUGACUGGCGAUGGACUGAACACUGAUUAGAUUGUUUUUUGUUUAUGAUGUUUAUUUUUAUUGGCAGUAUGUUAUUUCCAUUAUUAUUAUUAUUAGUGCAUAGCGUAGCGGAUAUGACGCCUGGCAAGAAACGUUGUUAAUGGUUUGAAUCUGUGAACAUCGUUUUUAUUUUUUACUUUCGUGAAAUGUUCAGAAGUUCCCUAAUAACCUUUUUAUCAGUUCAUUACACAUUUGUAUGCAAUGCCUUAUAUAGUAAAGGUAAUUACUAAUACUGAUUUAGAUAUAUAUGACUAGAAAAAAACGACAUUAAACAUGUUAGGCCAAAGUUUUUUUAAUUUUUUGUUUCACGGGAGCGCCGUACCUAAAUAUUUCAAAACUCAAAUAAGAAAAAGUUUCAAAUUCUUAACUUUAUUUUUAUUUUUUCCGUCGCUCGUUUCUUUGAUCUUCGAUAGAAAAUAAAAUUUAGCGUAUUUAACCUAACGCUAAUUUCACAACAACGAAAAGUUGACGCUUACAAUUUUCAAGAUGACUGAAUCCGUUGCUUAUUUAUACAGAGAUAAGAAGAGAUUGUCAGUACUUACAAUGAAAUUCAUUUUAGUGUUUUAAGUUUAAUAUUAAGCAUAAAGAUAUACUCCUUUUUAUCUUCAUAGUUUACUAUUGUUAUUAUUUUUCAAUGCAAUGAUAAAAUACAUGAUGGAAACAAUUUCUUUAUAAAUGGACAACUGAUAACCUUUUAAAAUAUAAUAGCAAGUUUACUAUUGAAAAGAUACGAUUGUAUUCAUUAAAAGAAUCCUUAUACUAACUUUGAUACCAACUUAAAGAUAAAACUCAAAGAACAUAUACUGUCAAUUUUUUUGUAUUAUACAACAAAUAAAUGGUUCAGAUAACUGA